AUGCCGAUCGUGAAGCGCAAGCCUGUGCAGCCUUUGCCGAUCCCUGAGGCGCUCGUGGCUGCACUGGAGAAGGGCGAGAAUCGUGCUGUGUUUUAUCUUGCAGCGACAGGCGAAGUGUUUGCUGAGUAUGAGCAGUACGCGGCACGGUUGAGCUACUACCACCAGCGCAUCUUCCAAUGUGAAGUGUCUGGCAAGUCGAACUUGACGUACUUUGAGGCGGCAGCGAGCGAGGCGCAGCAUACCUUGGCUAUCCAGUCGCAGUUUCCCGACGCUCUUAAAGUCCCGAUCCUCGCAGCGGUGCAGUUCCAGAUCACGGGGCGACUCAAUGACUUGGUGGAGCGCCUAUUCGACUUGGUCAAGGCGCGUUUCUUCCCGGGCGAGAAGGUGGUGGCCGAGCUGGACAGCGGCAAGACGCUGUGUGUCGUGCGCGACGUGACAUGUGGCGAUACGCCGCAUGCGCCGUCGGCCUUGUCGCUGAACGACGAUCCUGCAGCGAGUGCCUCGUUCGUGUACACGGUGGAAGAGGUGGCCACCAAGGGCGUGACACACACGCUGGCCGCGUCGGCGCUCUCGCGCGAGCGUCACGCUCUGUCCAAAUCCAUUCUGCGUCGCUAUUUGCGCGAUAGUGUAUACCGUGACUCGCAUGUGGGCAGCAUCUGGUACGUGCGAGAGAACCUAGUACGUCGUUUCCAUCUGCCGACGGCGCCUACAGCCGAGCAGGCUGCGCAGAAUGAGCACAUCAAAGACGCGAAGCUGUCCAAGCGCCGUAAGCUGGUCGAGACGGAAGCCUCGGCCGCGAAACGUGCCGCGAAGCAGCAGCGGCUGAAGGAGAAAGAGGACAAGGCUGCGGCGCUGGCGAAGCAGAAAGUGCUCAAGUUCCCAUGCGAGGACUUGUUGCUGGAUACCAUCACAGCGGCAGAGCUGCAGACGUCGAUGCCGGGCGAGUUGGCACGUCGUACAGCGCGACCCGCGCCGGGAGGCGAAGAGAUGCUUGCUGUGCCAGCCGAUGUCUUUGAGCCGUUCUUGGCCGUGUACUAUUUCCUGCUGACGCUGAGUGAGCCUCUUGGGCUGUCGAGCAUUGCGCUGGACGACUUGGAAGGCGCCCUGCGGCACCCCGUCUGUGAUCCGCCCUGUGCAUUGCUGUGUGAAGUGCAUGGCACGUUGCUCUCGGCGAUCGUGCGUGACGGGACGCACUGCCGCGAGUGGGCGCCGGCGACGGUGGCCCAGAAACGCAAGACCGAGCCGGCGGCGCACGAUACGCCGGAUGUCUCUAUGACCGCGGCAGAGGAGGAUACCAAGGAGGCGACGGCGAUGGACGAUUCUGCCUCGGAACUGUCAGACCUCAGUGAUUCGCCUGAGCGCGAAGUGAUGGACGCGGCGCGGGAGAUGGGGCGUGGAUGGGCGCGGAAGGAGAUGCAGGACGAGGUGCGUUCAGGCUGGGAACGCCAGUUGGUAGGCUGCCUGGCCGAGUGUGCGACGCCGGAAGCGCUGCCGCGCAUGUACGAGAUCCUGGCGUACCUCACAGGUGUGUACUACGACGACGAUGCCCUGCUGGAAGGGCCGAGCAGCAGCCAAUUUCGUACGGUGGCAGAGCGGUAUCCUCAUCUGCCGCUCCUCGACAAGGUGCAUAUCCUGCUGUUCCUGUGUGAGCUGGCGGUGAUGACACGCAGUAUCAAGGCGUACUAUGAGGAAUGCGAGGCGCACUUGACAGAGCUACGCAAGGAACGCAUGGAACUCGCACGUACGCGCCGGCAAAUGCUCGAGCAGCAGAAGGAGCAGGCAGCGACGACCGAUGUCAAAGAGGAGACGCAGGACGUGGUAGCCGAAGCGUCGUCGCCAGCGGCGGCCUCCGAUUCGGACUCGGAGCGUGACGAACUGGCGUCGGACGAAGACGAGUUGGACGACGACGAAGAGGAGGCGGAUGCAUCGAUGGAGCGGUACAAACGCAUCGCGGGCUCGCGGCAGGAAGCGCUGCGUGAAAAGGCACAGCAGCGCGAAGAAGAAGCGGCGCGACUCGCAGCGGAGUACGCUCGUGCGAAAGAGCAGAACCGCGAGACGAAGCAGCUGCGGGAAGAGCGGCGGCGGUGGGAAGAGACGCUGCAUCGCAUGGCGAAGCGAGAGGAAGCGAUUGAGCGCGAGUUCCGACGGUACGGCCAGAUCCCGCGUCUUCGGCCCCUAGGUCGCGACCGGUUUUUGGACCGGUACUACUGGCUCGACGGGAUCGGCGCAGCGACGCCGUCGACGUCGCAUGGCGGCUCGGCGUACCAGACAGCGCGACUGUUUGUCCAAGCGCCGACGCGGCGUGAAUGGGACGCGCUCAGUGCGUCGUAUGCGGACGGCACGGAAGCUCUCCUGCACCGUAAACGUGCCGAGCAUAGUGCGCCGGCCGACAGCACGUAUGGCAGUUGGGCCGUGUACACGCAGCCAGAGCAAGUGGAAGAGCUCAUCGCAUGGCUACGGCCCAAAGGCGUUCGGGAGCAUGCGCUCAAGGCACAGCUGCUUAAGCACCGCGACGCGAUGGAAAGUGCGAUGCGACGACGCACCGACGACAUUGCGCUGGGCGUGCGUGAGCCGGCUGUGGAGACACGUCGCUCAGCUCGUGUGCGAUCCGAGCAGGCGACGCAGUGGCGUUUGCCGUACAUGCAAUGGCGCAAUGCGGCCAAGUAA